AUGCUUUCCUUCGCUCUUCUAGUCAUUCGCCUGGCGCUGGCAAUCUUUUCAGCAUACGUUGCCAUACCCUUGACCCAAAUCUUUCUGCCUUUCUACGUCCCCAGCCUCGUCGUCGUCAUGCUCACCACGGCCUAUGCAUUCCAACUCGACUUCGAUGACAACACCUCUUCGGAAUGUGAUCAUCUGAAGAGGGAGCUUGCUCUAGCAAGGGAGCAAAUGGACACAAUCGAGGUAAUCCUCCAAGGCUAUGGGUGGUUGAUAUCAGAGGGCACGAAUGCUUACGGAGAGUCCUUCACCCAUCUCCAGAAGGCACAGAAAGAUCACGAGAAGCUGUUUGAAGGCUACCAGGAACAGUCCCAUGAGCAAACUGGGUCCAUAAUAAACAUACUCGAGGACCACACAAAGGCAAUCGCAGAGAAUCGCACGGUCGCCAACGAGCAUACCGGUUCGAUAUGCGAUAUUGUUAGGAAGAUUGGAGAGGUAAUCGCAGAUGACCGAAAGAUUGCUCAGGAACACAAAACCGCCACCAACGAGACCCUCAGGAUGCAUGGAGAGGCGAUCGUAGAGAAUCGGAAGCUCGCCGACGAAGAGAAAGCCUACACCCGGGAGACACUCAACAGCUUCAAGGAGCUGAUUGAAGGCAACAUAAAAAUCACCCAAGGAUACGGCGCUCGUAUCGACAAGAUCAUGGCAGACCAUAUAACAUUGGUCGCAGAAAACCGGAAGGCUCUCGACGGACAAAUAAUGUUGAUUGCAGCCAACCGGAAGCUCACGUUGGCUCACGAGACUUCUGUCUCGAAGAUUCUUGAGGAUCAUGCUCGACUGAUCGCAGCCGCCCAGAAGCUUGCCGAAGAGACACGAAAGCUCGCCCAGGAGCACGAGAAGCUCAUCAAGGAGCCCGAGCUAGGCCUAGCAUCCCGCAAGAUGGUCGAAAACGUGCAGAAGUUUGCCCACACGUUCAGAGACCGACACGAUGAGAAGAUUGAAGCGAUCUACACAAAGCUGGAGGGAAUGGAACAGAAGGCUUCGCUUCUGAAGGGGGAGCAGAAUUCGAUGAAGGCGGAACUCUUGGGCAAGGCAGAGGUCGACGGAUUGAAGCAGUGGUUCGAGACCGAGGUUGGCAUGCUGAAGACUACUCUAACGGCCGAGGCUCGAAAUGCUGAGGAGGUGCAGCAGCUUCGUCAAGACCUAGAGGGCAUCAGAAAGCUGACUGAGGAAGCCGGACAGAUAAAGAUGCACUAUCAGCAAGGCCAAUCCCAGGAGAUACUGACACUCCGUGAGGAGAUCAAGCAGCUCAGAGGCGCGGCAUUCCCGCAGCCCAUGGACGCAGAGGCUUUCACCACUGCUGCUACCGAGACCGUCGAUACCGACAUCGACUCCAACAACACCAUGCGCACGAACAUCACCAACGUCACCAACACCACCAAGCCCACCAACAUCACCACUCCUGCUGACACGACCUCCCUCACCUCGCUCGCGAAAUGUGCCGACGGUGACGAUGCGAGCCACCAAGGCGAGUCUUUCUUCGAAUUGAGAGCCACAGCUCCUGAUGAUGGCGCAGGUGGCGCCCCUCUCGAGCCAGUCAACAGUGCAACCUUCCACCCUGGUGCUGGCACACAAUCUAUCGGCGGCAACAACAAUAUCAACAACACCGAAACUCAGGAUUCCACUGCUAGCAGAUCGAGUCUCGCUCCCCAAUCUGGAUCAAGCGCGCUGGGUGCUACCGGCCGCGAAACCGGUAUGCCCGCGGACGACGACCACAACAAUGAAGAGGAUGCAGGUCAGGGCCGUCUGCUAGGCGACUUCUUAGGUCGCAAGCUAGCCCGCGAGGAGUGGGCAGAGAAGAAGAAGCCGCGCCGCAAGACCCGGAAGAUGUAUGCCAUCCAGGCGAAGCAGCGGACUGAGGGCCAACGGGAGUAG